AUGGGGUGGAAGAGAGGAAGCUACGAUGAAGUCCAAGAAGCCCAGGGCCGUGCUGGAAAGGACACUUCGGUCCCCACACCCACUACUCAAAUCCCGGAUGAAGUCAUCAACAACCUCAUCCGCACCAAGCACGUCAAUGACGCGCUUUUCAACCUUCGUCAACUGCACUUUGGCAUUUUCGACAUAAGUGUCCACGAGCCCGCCAGCCAUGCCGCUAUCGAAGCCCUCCCUAUCUCAGCCACUUAUAACCGGCUCCACAAGGAAAUUACCCAAAUGGAUAGUCCAGAGGCUCUGGGCGCAGGCGAUAAAUGGGGUCACGGCGAGGCUACAUUUAGCGAUUUGAUUGGUGGUUAUAAUGCCGGUUACUACGGUUAUCUGAGCUGCCAAGUCUACUCAGCAGACAUAUUCUACACAAUCUUCAAAGACGACCCCAUGAACAAGGCCGCCAGCCGGCGGUACAGAUACCAAGUCCUCGAGAAGGGCGGGUCGCAGGAUGAAAUGACUACACUGACGCAAUUCUUGGCCUGUGAGCCUGAAGCUACUGCUUUCUAUAAGGAGCUUGGUCUUGCUUAG